AUGAUCGAUGUUGCUGUUGUGUGGCUGUAUUUCAUGUUUAUCUUCCAGAUCCUUCCGCAUAUCCGUCUGGCCUCUUUUGCUCACAGCAGCCGAGUAAUCGAGAAGAGCUCCACUCCUCAUCUUCUCUGCCAGAUGAGUUUUGAAGGGGUGUUCGCUGAGUUUCCAGAUAAAAGAAAAUCAAAAAUCAAAAACAAAUCAACGGCUGUCUUCUGCUUUCCCUGCUUCGUUCCUUGCUACUUCAAGUUCGUGUUCUGCUUUUUUUCCCAAGGGUUUCUCUGUAAACAAGGGCUCCGAUAG